CGAACGAGCCUGCUGCAGUCAUUGCCCUCAGCACCAUUAAGGAAUGGCUUGCCAAGAAUCACCAUGAGGUGGAUCGGAUCAUUUUCUGUGUCUUCUUAGAAGUUGACUUCAAAAUCUACAAAAAGAAAAUGAGUGAAUUUUUCUCUGUAGAUGAUAAUAAUGAAGAAGAAGAGGAUGUCGAAAUGAAAGAAGAUUCAGAUGAGAAUGGUCCAGAGGAAAAGCAAAGUGUGGAAGAAAUGGAAGGACAGAGCCAAGAUGCAGAUGGUGUCAACACUGUCACGGUGCCUGGCCCCGCUUCUGAAGAGGCAGUGGAAGACUGUAAAGAUGAAGAUUCUGCAAAGGAUGACAAUAUUACAAAAGGCGGCGAAGUGACAGAUCAUUCUGUGUGUGACCAAGAUCAUCCCGAUGGACAAGAGAAUGAUUCAACGAAGAAUGAAAUAAAAAUUGAAACAGAAUCCCAGAGCUCAUAUAUGGAAACAGAAGAACUUGCAUCAAACCAAGAAGAUGCCGUGAUUGUGGAGAAAACAGAAGUGAUUCCAUUAACAGAUGACCAAGAAGAAAAAGAAGGUGAAAAAGCUCCAGGCGAGGACACACCUAGAGUGCCUGGGAAAAGUGAAGGCUCCAAUGACCUAGAAAAUACUCCAGGUCCUGAUGCAGGGGCACAAGAUGAAGCGAAGGAACAAAGAAAUGGAACUAAAUGACAAUCCUCGGUAUCGCAAGGCCUCUCCUGGCUCUGGGGGAGUUCGGGAAGAUAGCAGCACACGCUGUGGAGGAGGGUGGGGGUGGGGGGAAGGCAAGUCCCACAGAAGGACGGGGAAUCCUUUACUCUAAUUUCUCCAGCUGCAUUUUGUUCCGUUUAUCUGCAGAAAAAGAAAGAAAAAAAGAAAAAAAAUUCCUUUAAUUUGGUGGAGGGAUCCACGUUAACGCAUCUUUCAGGCAUUAUCCUUGUAAUCUCUGUCUUUUCUCUUACAACUUGGCCCCAGGGUCACAGUGGCUUGGUUGAACAAUCACAUGUGUAUCCUGGCCCCGUCUGCUUUCUUGGUUAUUUCACAAAGCUGGUCACACAGUGGUGUAUUCAAAGGAAGGGGAGGAAGACAGUUGUUUAAUGAGCUGCAGGCUACAUUUUAGGAAUCAAUGGGCCCAGCAGCAGUAUAAUCCCCAGACAGAGGAGGCAGGAUAGAAAAUGGGCAAAAGCCUUGGAAACCACUUGGAAAAGGUCUGGACAGUGAGGUGAAAAUAUUUUCUUCAGGGAUUCCCAAGGCACAGUUUAUUCCAAGUGGCUAAUGAGAAAUAUGGAAGGUGAAUUUUUUCCAGAGCAGAGUGCAGAGGCAUAACAGAAGGGUGGGCCCUGGCAGCCAUCUGGGUCUCUUCCUUCCUAACCAGGGUGGCAGGUGCAUCCUUCUUUCGCAUUGACUUUCAGCAGAGCUUACUUGGUUCACGAGGUCUUCACAUGGAGACCACCAGUGAGAGGUGACUCUUCGCCAGAUAACUGUAAAGGAUGGCCCUUUGCUAGGUGUUGCAGUUAAAAGCUAAGACAAGGGGCACUGCAUUUAGGACCCAAACAUACGCCUAUGAAUAUCAAAAGCUCCUCCUGAAAUCUCUGUAUGUUUUCCAUAAAAGAACAUCCUGUCUUCACCCAGGGCUUGACAGCCCACAGAGUAGUCUCAUUUGAAAUUACAGGAAAUUAGAGUUUUUGCUUGCAGUUCUGUCUUCCUGGUCUGUGUUUAAAUGGUGUCACUUGUUUAUGCCAAGUUCAAGGCUGAUUUGAUGGUUGUUCCCCUCACCCAGAAAACCCUGAAGGGGAGGAUACAGCCCUGAAGGGGAACAGCAGUACUAAAAACCCAAGAUGCCAGUGGGCACAAGGGAUGGCGAUCUUGAGGAGGCCAGGUGUCGUCACCGGUAUCUAUCCUAGAGCCAGUAUAAGGCCAGACGCCUACUUCCCACAGCCUCCCCGGGUUCCAAAGUCAUGUCAUUGUUUUCAGUGGAAACAUAUCGUUUGUUUCAUAUCUUCUUAAAUCCAUCUUCCUUAUAAGGGCUUUAGAGUUAAAACUUAUUUAUAUUGUUUUUCCUAACAGAGGGAGAAAAAGAGUGGAUUGAGUAUUAUUUCUAAAAUAAAAGGAUGCUCUGUUUUCUAAAUAUUCCAUCAAAUUCUUCAGUUUUGUACUUUUUCGAUGGAAAAUUCAUCUUCUUAUCUUCCUAUGACUUUAGUUUUAGCCUUUCUGAAUUUGUUACCCCUUCUGGAUGGCUUAUUUGAUAUACUGGAAUAGUUAACAAGUUAUACUUCAGCAUACGCCAUAUAUUCUAACAAAACUUUUUUAAAUAAAAUGAAGACAUCAGCAAGAAUGACAUUUACGUGACCUCAUAAUGUGGGAUUAUGGCCUUCUGUUGCUAUUCCAGUUUGAUAUGGAAGCAUCUAUAUCCUCUAUUGCCAUUAGAUGUUGCUUUUUGGAAAAGCAAAGAAAAGGCUCAUUUUAAGGAAUCCAAGAAAUGAUGUCAUCCAAAUAUUGACAGUUUCUAUAUUUCACGCCAUCUUUAUAACUCAGUUGAAAGUUGCCAUCAUUCUUGUGAAGUGUUUGACAAGUACAAUCUGCUAGAAGCUCGUUUUUCUCGUGACUCCCAAAUGUUAGUGCUACUCAGCCUCAGUAAUGAGUUACAGUUGAAAAAAACAUGAGGGAAACAGAGGGACAGAGAUUUUCUAAUGAACAAUGAUGGAAGAGACCUAAUGUCCUCGCUAGAAACAGCCAGGAUGGGAAUUAUCCAGCCCUGGCAUUCUCCUUAUCAUCAAUGACAGUCAUUUAAUUCAUUUAUUUUAAAUUGGGUGGGGUAGAAGUGGAAGGAGGGAAUUAUCUGCCUAAAAAUUCUAGAAGAAUGAAAGUAAUCUUUGUAUCUAGGAAGCUAAGAGAAUAAGGAAUAAAUAUCUUCAGCCCCACUCCUGAAUUUGAUUUAUCUUCAAUCUGUAAUUAGAUUGUGUUUUCAUUUUUGCUUCGUCAUGCUUGUUGGUUGCUAUUUGGCUACACAGUUUUAUGCUUUAAAACAAAUGAUAAAGUUAAUUUCCAAUUCAAUAGUGAAAUAUUAACAAUCUAACUAUAGCCAGAUCAAAGACACCUGAACACAGAAAACCUUCAUUUGCUGGUGCUGCCAUUGGCUGGCUGUACAAUGGAAUAGAUUUGAAAAGCUGAUUGAUUUUCCUGCACAUAAAUUCUGGAUGUCAAUUUCCAACCAAACUCCAAUCCAGCUAUGUGGCAUGAAGGGUUACAGGAAGGAGGGAGGAAAAUAACCCUAUGUUAGUCAUGUUUGCAUACAGAGGACCAAAGUAGGCCUUCAACAUAAUAGUUCUAAUUAAAAUGGUCCUCGCUGUAGGAGAGACAAAGGGGCUUUUCCUCUAGCUGGUAACUAUUCAGAUGAUGGACAAGUCUUCUUUCAUAAAAAAUUACAAAGAAGGCAUCCGAAUCACUGUCUGUGAUACUGGGUCACAUAUUAAUCACCGCAGCUAAUUGUAAAUCUUUCUAUGAAACACUGAAAAGCCUCUUUGUGAAUUAAUACAGUUCUGCUUGAUGCACUUGAUUUGAAAAGACAUUUCUCUGUAUGUGGUGCAUGUCGGCUUUGCUUUGAAAAAUAACAAAGUUAGCAGAAUAUGUUCAAUAUAUUUUCUUGGGGAAUAGGGUUUUUAUUACAUGAUUCAUUAAGGAUUUGCCUUACCCUGACAUUUGUGAUAUAAAGGAAAAUCAGAAAAAAAGUAAUUUUCUUGAUCAAGGUAUGUUUUUACUUAACGCAAAUAAAUGUAGUCUGUUGCUUGCAAGGAAAAAAAAAUGGCUUCUGAUAUCUGGUAUAAACUGCUAAAUAGGAUAAUACGUGCCUCUUUUGUUAAACCAGCAUUUAAAUGCUGGACUGCUUCUAAAUCUGUUUGUUUCUUUUCAUCUGUGCCAUACACUAAAAAACAACUGUUGCCUUCAUACUAUAUUUGUUAGAGCAGAAUACAAAUAAAAUUUGAGAGGAUAAUGUGAAA